ACCACACCUUAGUUGGUGCUAUUACUUUUGCUGGGUCACUUUGUUGUAGGAAUAGAUUAAAAGCAACGUGUCGAGACAACUGAACAAAGAUCUGAGUUGACAUUUGGAGCUAUCCAGAUUGAAGGCAUUGUCUGCAAAAGUUGCUCAUCUCAUUACACAAUCAUCAUGGCUGAGUCAAAAAUGGAUGAUGUUUAUGCAUACGCCUUGUCCAAGGCCCUGACGAAUGUUUCAUCACCAGCAACUGUAGGGCUCUAUUCUUCAUGUCAGGAUCGACUUGAAAGGAUACUCAAACAAAUGAAAGAGUAUAUGGACCGUGAAGCAUCGAUCAUCGAGGAGCGUAUUGAAAAAAGGCGAAGACCUCGGUCAGUUAAGCCUUCAUUUAGUGGAUUCCUGACCCUCAUUUGCCGGCUCUUCUUCUAUAGACCUGUUUGGACGAAGAACAACCAGCACAACGAUGGCAUUCGGUUUAUAUAUGUGCAUUUCAGUGCUUGGCAUUUUGCAGGCAGUGAUCUGUUGUGGGCUGGAAUAGCUAUACGUCUAUUUCAGACCAUGCAGGUGAACUUCGGGAAACUGCAACUUGCACUCUACCGCGUGGUUCAACAUGACGAAGAGGAGGAAGUCCAGAUCCAGUGUGAGACGGAUGGUCAGAACUAUUGGAGGUCCAAGAAGAUAUGCUGUUGCCUACUGUGGCUUUUCAUCCUGUCCGGCAUUGGGGUCCUAGUUGCCGUUCUAGUGUUCCUGUUUAUUCAUGGUCUUCCCAAAGCUAGAGUAAAGACAGAAAAUGUCACAAAUGAAGAAAAUGUCACAAAUGAAGAAGAUGACGAGAUGGGUGUCCUGGGCGGCCUGUUGAUUGCUUCAUUAGGAGUUCCGGCAGCAAGUUUUUUGAGAUAUGCUUUUCUGAUUGGUAAGAACCUGAUCUUCAGCCAAGUUCGGAACAUUACGAAGGCAAUGGACAGUGAGCAGCUCAGCACCCAACUGGGCUUCAUGAAUGAUGUCAGGAAAGAAAUAUGGUUUUUAUCUCGCUUUAUCCAGUUCAUGGAGGUGUUUGAGAGGAGGAGGAUACGUGUUGUGCUGAAAAUCACCCAUCUGGACCGCUGCUCCCCCAAGAAAAUUGUAGCAGUUCUGGAUGCCAUCAACAUUCUGCUUUCUGAUGAGGAGAGUCCAUUUAUAUCAAUUCUGGCAGUAAACCCAGAUGUUCUUUUGGAGAAAGUGAACUUUGCAGAUGGCUGCUUCAGCAAAGAAGACAGGGCUUAUGCACUGUUGAACCAUAUAGUCACUUUGGCCUUCACAGUCCCACCACUAAGCAGAAAGUUAAAGAGCCAUUUAUUUUACAGUCUCACAAACAAUUCAGAACGAAAUAGUGAGAGCUCUUCACAUGAUCCAUCUUCAGUGAAGGUGGAACAUUCAGAGGAUCAGCCUUUGAUUGAAAUAAAUAAAGCAGCUUUGAAUGUGAAAGAAGAGGAAGUCAUGGAUUGGGUGGGAAGAAUCCUGACUCGCAGUGAAAAGAAGCUAAACAAAUACAUGUUAGAUGACGCCAUCUCUAUGAGGAGGGUGAUCAACUCUAUUCGAGUCACUGUUAUAAUCAUGAAGGCCUUGGAACAAGAUCUUCCUCAACCAGAGACCGUCGCAGCAUGGGUGGUGUUGGCCAACCAGUGGCCCUGUCGACUCAGCUGGAUCAUCCAGUGUGUGGAGGAUCACAAACAGAGAAGGGAUAUCGAUCAAACAGCACCUGUUAAUCAUUCAAAGACAUUAUGGGAAAUCUUCAAUGAGUCCAGGGGGGAGCUGUAUUUGAUGAGUUCACAGAUCACAGACCUCCUCGAGCAGGAUGGAGAUCCUGAGCUGUUUGAAGAAUUACUUAAAGAUGAUGGCUUUCAAUUCACCGUAAAUAACUUGGAGACAAUCAAAGAAGCAAUGGUGAAUCUGGAUCAGUCAAUUAGGAACCAGAUGUCUCACAUCCGAGGGACGUCCAGGCUGAAAGACCCGGGUUGGAUGACGAACUUGUCUCCUUUGCCGAUCUCUACUAUCACCAAAAUGAGCACCGCUGAUCUAUGUAAAGAGAUGGAGAGGAUGAAAUAUGACAGUAAGUACAUUGAUAAGGUGAAUGACAAUAAGAUCAAUGGUUCUGCAUUGGUGUUUGGCGAUGCAGAAGAGCUUAAAGGCCUCCUGGAUAUGACCUUUGGUGAAUGGGCGACUUUCAAACUCCACUUCUUGAGUUUACCCUCAUAUCGCCGAGCACAGUACAGGAACAUCUUGCCAGCACAGAAGUUCCACCAACAUGUUCCCCAUCAUUUCCCAUCUCAUCCCGGUCAGGUUAAUGGGUGCAUUUAGAAACCCAAUCCAUGGGUGUUUCCCUGAUUUAAAUAACAGUACAGAACGUGUAAUGUCAUACAGGUGAUCGUAGCGUAGACUGUAUGGAGAAAACUAGCAAAUCUAGCAACUUUAAUUUUUAAAAACAGACCACCAACAGUGACACUGUUUGACAAGAGGAAAUACAUGUAUAAUCACUGCCUGGAACUUUGAUUCCUGUUUUUGUAUGUUUCAAUAUUAUGUCAUAGUCUGUGGUAAAGAUGUGUUUUCCAGGAGAGCCAGGUUAUUUAACCCCUGUUGACAGUAUAUGUGCUAAAAUAAUGUCUGAAUUUCCUGAACAAUUAUCCUGACUCACUGGUAAGCUACUUCUCAAAUGUCUGCAUGCAUUUGCGUUAGCUCCUUCAUCCACUCCAAGCCUUCAAACUGUUCUCUACAGACCCGUUAACAGAUUUUAAGUUGUCAUUUUCAGUCCAUACAUUCCCACCAGCUGCUCGCUGAGGUUUACAUGGCAUUCCCAGGCUGAGCCACCAUACGUCACAUUAAGAAUCAAUGCAACUACAUUUGCUCUCCGACAAUCACAAGAUCAAUCCUCAACAAAAUCCUGUGUAACCCCUACCACUAAUGGGUCACAAGCCAGUGCUCUCAUGGUGCUAGUCCCAAGUCUGUAGGGAAGAAAAGGGUGAAACGGCAAACAAAAAAACAAAAGAUUAUACUUUAUAUCCAAAUAUAGCCUUUAUAAUAAGCCGUUGAGUACAUAAGGCUCAUAAAAUGGGUUGUUCCAGUUUAUGGAACUGGUCAUUAAAUGACCUUUUUAAAAGGCACUUCUUAUCGAAGCGGUUAUGAUUCAUCUUUAUUUGUCAUCUCAAGUACAUAAACAAGAUCAUACUUAAGAUUACGACAACGUAUUUUCUUCCCUCACAGCCAGUAAAAACUGAAAUGAUAUAUCAAGGGAAAUAUUAGGAAAACACAAAAUAUCCAAGUUAAAUUUUGUGAAGACGAUAUAGGUUACAAUAUAAACGUAUACUUCAGUGCAUGGUGAUCAUUUCCUUCAGCUAAAAUUGAUCAAUGACAGUAAAUACUACUACUACUGUCAUUUAGCAGACACUUUUAUCAAAAGUGACUUACAUCUGAGUAAACAACACAAGCAAGAAACCACAUAGGAGGGUCCAGCUGGAUAAGUGCUGGUCAGACUGCUGAGAGUCCAGUUGGACACAGGUGCUGUCAUGCCAGUGCUAGAAUGCUUUUUUUCCUGCCCAACCCAACAUUCCCUUUAUACAAGAAAGCUACGUCUAAAAAGACACCAUCAUGCGAUCAUCUUGUCAUUAGUGCAUGCAACUUACUCAGUACUGAGUCCUGCAAAGAGCUGGAUCUUCUAACUAAUUCUGAUGAGCAGAGAUGUUUACUAGAUGCGGAAAUGUUCCUUAAAGAGCUGAGUCUUUAGCUUGCUCUUAAAAGUAGGUACAGACCCUGCGGAUCAGACAGUUUGGUAGGUCAGUCCACCAUCAGGGAACAAUGGAGGAGAAGAGUCUAGCUACUGAUUUCACGCCAUGUUGUGGUGAAAGCACCAGGCGUCUUUCACUGGCUGAGCGGAGCUGUCGAGAGGGAGUGUAGCUCUGGAUGAAGGAGUGAAGGUAUUGAGGAGUCGUUUGGGUAAUUGUUUGGUAAGCCAGAAGCAGAGCUUUGAACUUGAUGCGCGCUGCAACUGGAAGCCAGAAUAUAAAUAGCCUAUGCACUCAAAAAAGUAUUACCAUUCCAGAUCGAUCAUGACUGGAUGGCACCUGUAAAACAGACCAUGCUUUACUGCGAUUUCUUUUGAAUUUGAAGUAUUGAUAUUGCACAUGAUUAUAUUGCAAUAAUUAUCAAUUUUCAAUAUAUUGAGCAACCUUAUUAUAUAGCCUAAAUUUGGUAACAAUGUGAUAAGCAGAUGAAUUAUCCAGAGAUUAUCUGUAAUGUGGUUUACUGCUGAGACAUUAAAGUAAAGUUUUCUAUGCGUGUUAUAAAAAAAAAUAAUUUAAUUUAAAUCUCACACUUUGGUCAGCAAUGUUUGUCAUUAUCAGAAACCUGUCAGGAAUAAUUGUGUACAAGUAGUCUGUUAAAUAUGUUAAGCAUGAGCUCUUGUUUUUUCUUUUAAAAACUUCCCAUGCAUGACUUGGAAAUUAAGAUAUUUAACCUUCUGUUACUGAGGUACAUUUCAACCACAAGACAUUUGUGUCAGCUGGACUGUGUUAGGUGCAAUAUCACUUGGAUAUCCAGUCAUUCUUCUGGCAGCAGGUUUAUCAGCAGAUAUUUUAACACAGCAGAGGAUAAAUGGAGCAGUUAACAAGACAGAAUUUACAACUAAAAUCCACCCAGCCCUUUCAUGUUAGGUAACAUUCAGAAAAGCAUGUGUUAAGGGUGGUCUCUUCACAUGCCUGCCAUUGCUUUGAAGCAAUUCAACUAUGAAACUGCAGUAUUAUAAUACAGAACUGUAAACCGACUGCCAGAGUCCCACCACCCGCUGCAUGUCUAUAUCUACAGUGAACACUGAAUGUGAAUUUAAAUGUGAAUUUAUUGUAAAAUGUGUGAACUUUCCUGGUGUUGUAUAUCAUGGAUGCUACAACCUGCUUCAUUAAUGCUCUUAUUUUUACUCUUGUGAAAGUGAGUGACAUAUCGCGGUUAAAGUGUAUUUUCUACAGUUUGAACAAUCAUUUGGUGUCGCAUGUGAACUCGUCACAGAAAUGUGUUCAGGAAUAAUUUAUUCAUAUUUCAUUUUCAUAUGUAUUGAAGUAAACUGUAACUUUCCAUUUCAUGCAAUACAAUAAAAUGCAAAAAAAUACAAAUGACAUGUAAAUACCUUGUACAGUGUGGACAACUCAUACCAUUUGGUGUUGCGUAUGAACCCUUUACAGAAAUCUGUUCAGGAUUAUUUUAUUGAAUUCGAAAGAAACCCAACACCCAUGAGGUGAAUUAAACUGUAAUUCUCCAUUUCCCACAAAACAAUAAAAUGCUAAAUGAAAAACUACACCAUAAUAAUAG